AGAGACAGCUGAGCCACAGCGGGGAGGGACAGUGAGGAUGGCAGAGCCCGGCACCCUGCCCACCGGCUUCAGGGAGCUCGAGGUGCUGGCUGUGGGGACCGUGCUGCUGGUGGAAGCUCUCUCCGGUCUCAGCCUCAAUGGGCUGACCAUCUUCUCCUUCUGCAAGACCCCGGAGCUGCGCACUCCCAGCCACCUGCUGGUGCUGAGCUUGGCUAUUGCGGACAGCGGGAUCAGCCUGAACGCCCUCUUUGCAGCCACAUCUAUCCUCCUCCGUGUCUCCCACAGGCACUGGCCCUACGGCUCGGAUGGCUGCCAGGCUCACGGCUUCCAGGGCUCCUUGACAGUGUUUGCCAGCAUCUGCGGCAGCGCGGCCAUCGCCUGGGGGCGCUAUCACCACUACUGCACCCGCAGCCAACUGUCAUGGAGCACGGCCAUCUCUCUGGUGCUGUUUGUGUGGGUGUCUUCUGCCUUCUGGGCAGCCCUGCCCCUCCUGGGUUGGGGACACUAUAACCACGAGCCACUGGGGACAUGCUGCAUCCUGGACUACUCCAGAGGGGACAGAAACUUCAUCAGUUUCCUCUUCACCAUGGCCUUCUUCAACUUCCUCAUGCCCCUCUUCAUCACACUCACGUCCUACCGGCUCAUGGAGCAGAAACUCAGGAAGAGUGGCCAUCUGCAGGUGAACACCACUCUGCCAGCCAGGACGCUGCUGCUCGGCUGGGGCCCCUAUGCCCUCCUGUAUCUGUACGCGACCGUCGCCGACGUGACUUCCAUCUCCCCCAAACUGCAGAUGGUGCCUGCCCUCAUUGCCAAAACGGUGCCCACGAUCAACGCCAUCAACUAUGCCCUGGGCAGUGAGAUGCUCCGCAGGGGAAUCUGGCAGUGCCUCUCACCGCAGAGGAGCAAGCAGGACAGAGCCAAGUGAGCCAGCUGCCCUGGACUGAGCCCCAGGCCGGGGGGCUGCCCCAGGAGGCCUGCCCAGGAGCCUCCAAAGCCAAGCCCCAGACACUCAUCACCAUCCCCAGUGGCCCCGUUGCGCCUGGCCCCAGGCUGGACACAAGAUUCAGAGACACCAGGCUGCGUGAGAAGAGCUGGAGCUUUGGAACCAGCCCUCUGCAUGGAGGCUGAGAGACCUCGGCAAAGUCCCUCCUUAACUUU